UGAAAAAAAAAAAAAGACAGACAAAUUGAACCGAAGAAGAAGAAGAGUGAGGCUGGAAACUUCAUCACGGUUUUCGCCGCCAUCCACUUUCGCCGGCUUACACCUCCGGCGACUUACAGCACCUCCGGCGGCCUCCGCCGCUCAUUUCUCCACCGAUUUUACAUGACCUUAUGCAGAGACAUACUGAUAAAAGAGCCACAAAGAGCCGUCUAUCUUCUCUAACUGCAUCUGUUUAAUCAACCUUAUUUGCUCGAAUAGGACUAGAAACUGAUCUCAAAAGACAUGGCCCUCUCCAUCUCAAGAAGGCUGCUUCGCUCCUUUGGUUCAAUUCGUGCGCCACUCACUGCAGUGAGUAUCAAUGCCAAGGAUGUUGCUUUGCCUGUUGGAUACUCUACUUUGAAGAAGAAUAAUGAGCUUUCUCUACUUGGCUAUCAAAGGUUCUCUACUGGAAUUAUAACUCCAGACACGAGUGCUGGUGCAUUCCCUGCUGAUAUGCUAUCCAAAAAGAAAAUUUUAACUCCCGAGCGCACACAAGGACUGUUGCAAGACCUGAUGAUACCUGUGACUAAUUUUAAUAAUGAAGACAAGGGAUUUAUGGUUCUAGCUGGUGAUGUUUUUGAUGUGCCUAUCAGAAAGGAUAUCAUUCACCGUGUAGUUAGGUGGCAACUAGCUAAGAGGCAACAGGGUACACAUUCUACAAAAACUAUCAGUGAGGUUAGUGGAACUGGAAGGAAACCAUAUAACCAAAAGGGAACAGGUCAAGCUAGGCAUGGAACAAAGCGCGGACCUCAGUUCAGAGGUGGUUGCAUUAUGCAUGGACCAAAACCCAGAAGUCAUGCUUUCAAGCUAAACAAAAAGGUUCGUCGUUUAGGAUUGAAGAUUGCUCUAUCUGCCCGAGCAGCUGAAGGAAAGCUAUUGGUAUACGAGGAUUUGUUGGUUCCUACUCACAAGACGAAGAAUAUUGUGAACUAUGUAAGCCAAAUGGAGGAUGCCAAAAAAUUUCUGUUGGUUGAUGGUGAAGGUAUCGAAGAGAAUCUCAAGUUGGCCACUCAAAAUCUCCACUAUGUCAAUGUGAUUCCUUCAAUUGGUUUAAAUGUCUACAGCAUUCUGUUACAUGAUACAUUGGUGAUGUCUCGUUCGUCCGUGGAAAUGAUUGUUAAGCGGAUGCAUACUCCGAUUAACCGCUGAAGUAAGUAUCGAUUUAAAGAAGCUUUUUGGCAUCUAGGGUUCUCCUUUUCAAAAGCUUUUAUGUGCUUGUUUCUUCUUGAUUUCAAGUUGGUAUUAUUUAAUCUUGACUAAAACAGAGAUAGUAUUUCUCAAUUUUAUCUUAUUUUUCUACACUUUUUUAUAAAAUGUCCUGCAUAAAGGCCAAAAUCCCAUUAUGGUCCCUAUCUUGUGUAGACUGUAUCUUCCAAUUUACCCUUUAAGUUAAUUUCUUACAU